GCCUUUGCGCAGGAGGAAAGGUGGUUGGUUCUCUGGCUGGGUUCGUUUCUUUGUGAAGCCGGAAGCGUCCAAGCGCGGCCAUUCAACCGUUCAGCUGAGAAGGGAAGGAAGCGGCAUGUCGGUUGCCGCCGCCGCGCGGGUUUUGUCUCAGCAAGAGCAGCUGCAAUUACAGCCGCCGGUGAAGGCGAUGCGUCGAGGCAGCCGCCCGAGCCCGGAACUGGGGGAAGGGGAAGAGCCGCCCGCCGAGCAGUCAGGGUGGGACCGGGAAAUGACGUUUCGUAGCGAGCGGCGCAGGCGGGAACCGCAGCCGCACCAGCGGCAACCAGCGGCGGCCGCGGGAACAGCGGGAGAGGAGGAAGACAGGCUAGAGCGGGAGCACUUCCGGAGGAUUAUCAACGCCUUCCGUUACUAUGGAACAAAUAUGCAUGAAAGAGUGACCCGUACAGAGAGACAUUUUAGAUCCCUUCCAGUCAGUCAACAGAAAUUGCUUCCUCAGUUCCUUGUUCACCUUGAAAAUAUUCGAAAAUGUAUUGACAGCAAUCAAGAGAUCUUGCAGACAAUUGUGAAUGACUGUACACAUAUGUUUGAAAACAAAGAAUAUGGUGAUGAUGAAAAAGAAAAAAUUUCACCAGCCUCAACUUUUGACAUGGACAAAUUAAAAUCUACUUUGAAACAAUUUGUAAGAGACUGGAGUGAAACUGGGAAGUCUGAGAGAGAUUCCUGCUAUCAGCCAAUUAUUAACGAAAUUGUAAAGAACUUCCCAAAAGACCGCUGGGACCUCUCCAAAGUAAAUGUUCUUGUACCUGGUGCUGGGCUAGGUAGAUUGGCCUGGGAGAUAGCUAUGCUCGGUUAUACUUGCCAAGGAAAUGAAUGGAGCCUCUUUAUGCUCUUUUCUUCUAACUUUGUUCUCAACAGAUGCUCUGAAACGAAUUCCUAUAAAUUAUAUCCUUGGAUUCAUCAGUUUAGCAAUAACAAGAGAUCUGCUGAUCAGAUACAACCUAUUUAUUUUCCUGAUGUUGACCCUCACAGUCUUCCUCCUGGGACAAACUUUUCUAUGACAGCAGGAGAUUUUCAAGAAAUCUACUGUGAGAGUAACAUCUGGGACUGCAUAGCAACCUGCUUCUUCAUAGACACGGCACAUAAUGUCAUAGAUUACAUUGAUACAAUAUGGAAAAUACUCAAGCCAGGAGGAAUUUGGAUCAAUUUAGGUCCUCUUCUUUACCAUUUUGAAAACUUAGCAAAUGAAUUAUCUAUUGAGUUGAGUUAUGAGGACAUAAAAAAUGUUAUAUUGCAAUAUGGAUUCCAUAUAGAGGUGGAGAAUGAAUCUGUUUUGACAACAUAUACUGUGAAUGAGCUGUCCAUGAUGAAAUAUUACUAUGAAUGUGUGAUGUUCGUUGUUCGGAAACCAGAAAGCAGUAUAUGAAGCAGAUUAUCCAGGGAAAUACUGGGGUUUUUUCGUUAGCACAAAUUGGCUUCUUGGUGAUGACUGGACACAGCCCUAUAUCAGUGGUGCCUUCUCAUUCCUCACGGAAUGUAGCUGUUCCUUUUUUUUUUCUUCUCCUAAAUAUGCCUUUUGGUCUCCAAUGUACUUCUUGAUAGCUGUAUUCAGGUAAUGAGCACGGAGUGCAAAAGUUCAUAUGCUUUUUUGUUUUCAUCAGUUAAUCAGAAACGUGAAUAUAUAAUUAUUUUGUAAAAGUGACACAUGUAUGUCUUUACAACAACAUUAAUUCAUGACAUUGCCUCUAUUGGGAACUGAGACUGAACAUUGAUAUAAUGACAUGCAGCAUUAAUUAUUGGAACUAAAGCCUGUCUAAAUUAUAAUGAUAACACUAAUUUUUUGAGCACUUAAAGUUCUUGGCCACAUUCCCAACACUGAAAUCAGCAGGUUAAAGUACACUUAAAUCUGUGUAGGUGUACUGAGCAAAACACGUCUCCAUAUUCCAAGUAUUCAUUGUGUAUCUCUACUGUAUAGAGGCUCUGACAAAGUAUGACAAGGGUUGAUUUCAAAUCAAGACAAUUCCCAUAGUCCAAGCAUUUAUAUCAUGUCUCUUGUGUGGACUCUAGUUAUAAAGAUGCAACUUGAAGUAAAAAAAACUCAUCCCACAUUACAAUUAUUCAUAGGUUUACUCACCUGUGUGAAUUCUCUGUUUGAUAAGGCCUGAGUUUGAAAUACAUUUCCCAUACUCCAGACACCUGUAGGAUUUCCAUCCUGAGUGUACACUCCAGUGUUGCAUAAGAACUGAAUGGCAUGCAGAAUAUGUCCCAUAGUCCAAACAUCCAUGUAGUUUCCUGUGUGAGUAUGUUGGUGUUUUGCAAACACUGAAGGGUUAGCAAACCAUUUUCCCACACUCAAGUCAUUGUAGGAUUUCUCCUGUAUAGACUCUGUGAUUUAUGACGGGUUUUGCUUUGGAAACAAAACGUGAUCUACACUCCAAGCAGUUAUAAGGUUUUUCUCUCCUGUGUGUUCUAUAGUGGCUAAUGAAAGCUGAUUUGGAGGCAAAGCAUUUCCCUCAUUCCAAGCAUGGCUUUUCUCAUGUGUGGGCAUUGAUUCCUCACAAGACAUGAUUUUGAAGUAAGGUAUUUCCCACAUUCAUAGCAUUAAUAGGGUUUGUUCCCCUAUAUGGGCUGUCAGUGUUUAGAAAGCCUUGAUUUGCAAGUAAGAUAUUUCCAAACACAAUUUUUUUCAUACUGCCAUCAGAUUGGGCUUUGCAGUUCUGUCUCAUUCCAACCCUGAGAAUCGGACACUUAGGGAUCAUCCCCUUAUUCUAGCUGAGAGAUGAGCUGAGACUUGGGGACCCAAGAAUCUCAAGCAGGCCACAUUCUCAUAAUUCUCCAUUAUGACCUCCCUAUACAAAGUCCAUUUGAGCUGAGUCCUUCACCUCUGAAAUACACAGCCAUAUCCUCAAAGGUCACUGUGCAGAGAGGAUCCAAGGGUUUACCUCUUUGCCUCAUCUUUGCCCUGAGUCACCAUGCUCAGGUGCUGCUGACAGCUCGAAAGUCAUUCAUCUUGCCCUGGAAAAUGGGAACAAUAUAAUUCUUUACUUUGAGGAAGCAUCACACUGUAAGAUGCAGAUGUUUCUCUAGGCUGUCAUUCAUUCUUGUUUCCCCCCUAAAUCUGUGUUGGAUGGAAAUGUGUAUGUGAUUUUUACCAUUAAGUAACAGCUGACUUAUGGUGACCCUGUAGGCUUUUAAGGCAUGAAAUGUUCAGAGGGCUGAGAUUUCUUGAAAGAACCAUGACUUGCCCAAGGCCAUCCUGCAGACUUCAUGCAGAGGAGUGGGGAAUCAAACUUGGUCCAGGUUAGAGUCCACUGCACUUAACCACAAUGCCUCUCCGGCUGUCAGGGGUUGAAAUAGCCUGUGUUUGAGCCAGCAGUUUUUUUAAAAAAACAAUUUAACCCCUCCUACAUUUAUGUUAGAGUAAUUUCAGCAACUCUGAUUAAUUCUUCAUUAUGAUGCAGAUGCUAAAAAGAUGGAUUAUCACUUUGACUAAAUCAGACACUGUGUACAGUUACUGCCAAUUCUGCCUGUUUGCCAUUGUGGCCUACUUUUUGGAGAUUGGUAUCUAGAUUUUGCCUUUGUCAACUCCUUGGGCCUUUUUUAAAAAGAAUAUUAAAGUUUUGAUUCUUUUUUUUU